AUGACGACUACACAACGAAGUGAAAGCAUGAAUGCCUUCUUUGACGGGUAUGUUCAUUCAAGAACCACUUUGUCAGAGUUUGUUGAACAAUAUGACAAUGCUUUAAGAAGCAAAGUUGAAAAGGAACUUAAGGCAGAUGCUAGGUCGUUUUCAAAAGUUAUUCCAACUACAACAAAAUAUGAAAUAGAGGAACAAAUGCAAAAUGUGUACACUAUAGAAAAGUUCCAAGAAAUUCAAAAGGAAUUGACGAAGAAGAUAUACUGUGAAAUAAUUGACGUUCAAGAUGAAAUCCAAGAUGGUGUUCGAAUGACAAGAUAUGAUGUACAGCAAGAAAUUUGGUAUUACAGACUACCAUUUGUAGAAGAUGAAGACGGAAAUUCAACAGAUGAAGAUGCUACAACAGCUGCCGGUUCAGAUCAAGAAGAUAUUGUUGAAGUAAAUAAUAUACCGAUAGUAGAAGAAGGGGAAGAAGACGAACUGAAUCCAAAAGCUAAAAAAGUUAUGAAGCAUGUUGUUUUUAAGGUUUGGUAUGAAAAGGAUGAAUGCAAAGUGAAGUGUAGUUGUAUGUUUGAAUUUGGAGGAUUGCUUUGUACUCAUAUGCUGUGUGUGUUACUCCGUAACAAAGUAACCUCAAUUCCAGAACGUUACAUUUUAAGGAGAUGGAGAAAAGAUGUGAAAUUAGCGCAUUCAAAGGUGUCUUUGAGUUCUGAUAGUUGGCAGCUAACUCCCGAGAGAAAACGUUAUAAGGAAUUAUGUGAUUGCUUUGCAGAUCUUGUCGAUAUAGCAUCUCGAGAUGAUGAUGAAUGUAAUGAUAUAAAAAAAUGGAUAGGCGAACAAUUGAAACUGGUAACUGAAAAAGUUCCAAAUACCGCGGAGGAAGUGAUUCAUAAAGAAGUGAACAACGUUAUAGAAGUAACAAACCCGCGUGUUGUUCCUACGAAAGGCAGGCCAUGUAAAAACACUUCGAAGCCUAAGGUUUUGCAAGAAGUGCCAACACAACAAAAUAUCAACCCAAUUCAUGAACAAUACCAUCAGUAUCGGUUAAACUUGCAACUUCAUACAAUUGGACAAUUUCAAAAUACCCAAAAUAUUCAGUAUGGAGUGUCGCAGAGUUGCACAGGUGGACAUUUGGGUAUACCUCACAUUUCACCUUACGGACAGGUUGUUAAUGUUGCACCUCAACAAUUGGAUAACAUAUUUUAUGCACCUGCAUAUGGCGGAUUUCAACUACAUGAAGGAGCACAAGAAACUAAUGUCUAUCACCUUACAUCCUAUCCGGAGCACCGUUACAGGCCACUCUAA